AUGUUCAAAAGAUGUCGUGUAGUGUUACAGAAGGCACUUAAGGAUGAGGUUCGCGGACCAAACUCAUCGUAUUCCAAUAUGCUCAAAGAUCCGUCUACGAAGUACUCUGGAUUCCAAGCUAUAUAUCUUACCGAUAGGACGUGGCCCAACAAUCACAUCAAAAAGGCUCCUAGGUGGCUUGCCACGGAUUUGCGAGAUGGUAAUCAAUCUCUUCCUGACCCCAUGUCUAUAGAGCAGAAGCAGGAGUACUUCAAGAAGCUGGUACAAAUCGGGUUGAAAGAGAUUGAAGUGUCUUUUCCCUCAGCGUCUCAAACGGAUUUUGAUUUUACUCGAUGGGCUGUGAAGAAUGCUCCAGAAGAUGUUGACAUUCAGGUUCUUGUACAGUCCAGAGAGCGUUUGAUUAGAAGAACCAUUGAUUCUCUUGAAGGAGCCAAGCGGGCCAUUGUUCACACGUAUUUGGCAACCUCCGAUCUUUUUAGAAACGUCGUGUUUGGAAUGUCUCGUAAGGAAGCCUUAGAAAAAGCAGUGAGAACGGCCAAGUUUGUUAGAUCUCUUACCAAGGACGACGCAUCCCAACAAAGAACCAACUGGACCUAUGAAUUCUCUCCAGAAUGCUUCUCCAGCACUCCUACCGAAUUCGCCGUGGACAUCUGUCGAGCAGUGAAGGAUGCCUGGGAGCCUACUUUAGAGAAUCCAAUCAUUUUCAAUUUGCCUGCUACAAUCGAAGUGUCCACCCCUAACGUCUACGCAGACCAGAUUGAAUACUUUUGCCGCCACAUUGGAGAUAGAGAUCGUGUGGUAGUCUCUCUUCACUGUCAUAAUGACCGUGGUUGCGGUGUGGCCGCCACAGAACUCGGUCUUCUUGCUGGUGGUGACCGUAUUGAAGGUUGCCUAUUUGGAAAUGGUGAACGUACUGGUAAUGUUGACCUUGUGACACUUGCUCUGAAUCUGUAUACCACUGGUAUCUCACCUGAUUUGGACUUCUCCGACAUGAAGUCUAUCAUUGAUGUAGCUGAGCGUUGCAACAAGAUCCCCGUUCAUCCACGUGCUCCUUAUGGUGGAUCUCUAGUCACUUGUGCGUUUUCUGGUUCUCACCAGGACGCCAUUAAAAAAGGCUUUACAGCACAGGAGAAGAGACGUACUGAAGGUGACAAUUCUUGGCAGAUUCCUUAUUUGACUUUAGAUCCACAGGAUAUUGGCCGUAACUAUGAAGCCGUUAUUCGUGUGAAUUCUCAAUCAGGUAAAGGUGGUGCUGCCUGGAUCGUGCAAAGAAACUUGGGUCUCGAUCUUCCUAAACCUAUGCAGAUCGAUUUCUCCAGCAUUGUUCAGGACACUGCCGAUGGCUUGGGUCGUGAAUUGAAGGCCAACGAAAUUAUUUCUUUGCUUCAGAGCCAUUAUAAUGUUGACAACUGUGCUAAUAACUCAAUUGCCGUGAAGGAUUACAACUUCCAUAAGAUUUCUGAGCAGAGUACACACCUUGAUGCCAUAAUCGAUUUUGAUGGUACCGAAAUAGCCAUUCAUGGAGAGGGUAAUGGUCCUAUUUCAUCCUUCCUUAACGCUUUAUCGAAAGCUCUUGGCAUCGAAAUGGAAGUUGAAACAUACGCUGAGCACUCUGUGGGUCAAGGUUCUAAGACCAAGGCUGCUACGUAUGUCAAACUUUCUUGUAACGGUGUCACAAGAUGGGGUAUUGGAAUGCACGAGUCUAUUACUAGGGCUUCUGUCAACUCUCUUGUCUCUUGUGCCAACAGUCUCAUUAAGGCUCGUGCUCUUUCGGAGGAUUCUGUGAAGACCGAGGACGGAUUUGCAGAAACAAUCGAGAAAAAGGUCAAGGCUAAAUUCUAA